UAUUACUGCAGGCUCAUUUCAUUCGCUGACACACACGCUGCACCAGCUUCAUGCCACUUGUUGGGGAGCCGUUUCCCCAAGUAAUGCUAAGUGCAGGCAGCUGACCCGGGACUUAUAUAAGCCCUCCGGACAGCAAACUGACUUGUGGAUACUCCCCACUUCUACCUGUACUUUCUUUUCUUUUUUUUCUUCCUCACGGUCAGGUGUGCACCAGCUGGAAUUGGACCUCUUUUUCUGGUUUUUUUUGGCUGCAGACCGGACCUGCUCUUACUCUGCUCGGCUUGUGUGUGUGUGUGCGUGUGUGUGUGUGUUUGCUUGUACCGCGUCGGAGGGGAGCGGCUGGCCUGACUCCGCAUGGCGGUGCCACUCCUGUCCGCUGCUCUGUGCUCCCUGCGCAGACUGAGGUCCCCACCCCACUGGUGAAGAUUCCCCCUCCCUUCCAGAGCUGAAAGACACAGCCGCCGAGAGCCGGGGAGACCCAGGGCUGAGGGACAAAAACACUAACAGAGCUAGUCAGACUCCUCCUUGACGACCACAUGACAGCAUCCAACAUGACAGCGAUGAAGUCAGCCGUGACCUUGAUGUCCACCUCCCUACUCGUCAUCAUCGUCCUGGCUGCUCAGGCUUCAACCAAAGAACUUCCUAAGACUGGCAGGUCCUCUUCCUCAAGCCUUUCCUCUCCCUCCUCCCCCCGCAUGAAGCUUUCGUAUAAAGACCUGCUGACCUUCCACGGUGUGCGGCGCUAUGAGCUGGAGCGCUCCUGCUGCUACAGCAGCCUGCUGCUGGACGAGGAGCGUGGCCGGCUCUUCGUGGGCGGCAAGAACUUCCUCCUCUCCCUUAGCUUGGACAACAUCGGCAAGCAGGAGCAAAAGAUCUACUGGCCAGCCCCGGUGGACUGGAGAGAGGAGUGCAACUGGGCAGGGAAGGAUAUUAACGUGGACUGUGUGAACUAUGUGAAGCUUCUACAUCACUACAAUCGUACACACCUCUAUGCCUGCGGCACUGGUGCCUUCCAUCCCACCUGCGCCUUCGUGGAGGUCGGGCAGAAGAUGGAGGAAGUUGUCUUUAGGAUAAACCCAUCCUUGAUGGAGGACGGGAAAGGCAAGAGUCCCUACGAUCACCGGCAUGCUGCAGCCUCUGUCAUGAUAGGAGAAGAGCUGUAUUCAGGGGUGGCUACUGACCUGAUGGGCCGAGAUUUCACCAUAUUCCGGAGUCUUGGCCGGCGUCCAUCCAUCCGCACUGAGCAGCAUGACUCCCGCUGGCUUAAUGAACCAAAGUUUAUUUCUUCAUUCUGGGUGCCGGAGAGUGAGAAUCCAGAUGAUGAUAAGAUCUUCUUCUUCUUUCGGGAAACGGCAGUGGAGGCACAGGGCUUGGGCAAGGCCACUUACUCCCGGAUAGGCCAACUCUGUAGGAACGACAUGGGGGGCCAGCGCAGUCUGGUGAAUAAGUGGACGACAUUCCUGAAGACCAGACUUGUCUGCUCGGUGCCAGGGUCUGACGGCAGCGAUACCUACUUCGAUGAACUUCGAGAUGUGUUUCUACUGCAGACCAGGGACAGGAAGAAUCCACUGGUCUACACUGUUUUCUCAACUUCCAGUAGCGUCUUCAAGGGCUCUGCGGUUUGCCUCUACACCAUGAAUGACAUCCGAAGGGCUUUCCUGGGACCCUUUGCCCACAAAGAAGGUCCCAACUAUCAGUGGAUACCCUACCAAGGAAAAGUGCCCUACCCACGGCCUGGCAUGUGUCCCAGCAAGACGUUUGGCAGUUUCGAGUCCACGAAGGGUUUCCCGGACGUCGUGAUCCAAUUCGCGCGGCACCACCCACUCAUGUUCAACCCAGUGUAUCCACUGAAGGGCAAGCCCGUCUUCUUGCGCACCAAUAUGGACUACAGCUUCACCCAGAUUGCUGUGGAUAGAGUGACUGCAGCCGACGGCCAGUACGAUGUCAUGUUCAUAGGCACAGAUGUGGGGACAGUCUUGAAGGUGAUCUCUGUUCCCAAGGAGAACUGGGAAAACAUGGAGGAGCUGCUACUUGAGGAGCUGCAGGUAUUCAAGGAUUCAGCACCAAUAAUUAACAUGCAGAUAUCUUCAAAGCGGCAACAGCUCUAUUUGGGCUCAGAGACGGGGCUGGCCCAGGUGCCCCUGCAUCGCUGCAGCAUGUACGGCAAGGCCUGUGCUGAGUGCUGCUUGGCCCGGGACCCAUACUGUGCCUGGGAUGGUACCUCCUGCACCCGCUACCUCCCCAACACAAAGCGGCGAUAUCGUCGUCAGGAUGUGAGGAAUGGGGAUCCCAACACUCUGUGUUCUGGAGACUACCAUAAGCAUCGAGUGGCUCAGAGGAAGCUUUAUGGAGUGGAAGGCAGCAGCACAUUCCUGGAGUGCAUUCCCAAGUCCCUGCAAGCCCGAGUCUCCUGGACCUACAAGAAACUGGCAGACAGUCCCAUGGAAGAGCUACAUUUGGAUGACCGUGUGCUGCAAAUGGACCGGGGCCUCCUGAUCCGUACCAUUUUGCAGCAUGAUGGGGGUGUCUACCAGUGCCAUGCCAUGGAGCACGGCUUUAGCCAGACCCUGCUGGGCAUCACGCUGGAUGUGGUGCCCUCGUCUUCCUCCACUUCACUGCCUCCGUCACUCGACCCAUUUAGCAACCUGGAUGCACCCAGCAAUGGCCACUCUGUCAGCCAGAAGAUGUGGUACCGGGACUUUAUGCAGCUGGUGGACCAUCCAAAUCUCAGUACGGUGGACCAGAUCUGUGAGCAGGUGUGGAUGCGCAAAAACAGGCAGACGAGCAAGGUUCACAUCUCCACGGGAGCUGCCCCCAGCAAACCAGUGGUACACUCCAGUGCUGCUCGGGUAUCACCGAACAAGUGGAAGCACCUUCAAGAGGUCCGCAAGGGCCGGAACCGCAGAACCCAUGAGACCAAGUUCUCACUCCGGGCUCCACGGAGUGUUGUGGAAUGGUGAAGGAGAAACAUAGAGAUAGAGUGGGACAAUGAGCGAGAAGUGUGUAAGAGAGAGGACUCGCAGAGGUGGUCACACACUGAAUCUCCUUGUGUGUAUAUUUAUCUUCCAGCUGUCCCCCCUGCUGACACUCCCCUAUAACCUGCCCCUUUUUAGUCCCCUUUGAAUACCACACAGAUGCCUUGUCCCCUUGAAUCCCUCUGAAGACUGUUUGCUCUUCAAUCCUAUGCAUGGUGUGCAAGACAGACUGUGCACCUCCCAACCCUACACAACCCAGGCACGUGUGCUUUAUUGGCCUUUUCCUGCUUAAAGGCUUCUAACUGGAAAUACACUUUCUCAGAUACUCAUUUGUGUAUGUACACACUCAACAGCUCAAACCCUCAGCCUCUGCGGCCCGACCAUGAUGUCUCCGUCAACCUCUAAAUGGACACGAUCGUGAGCUUAAUAGAAAUGCAUGUUUUUAUCAAGUGAAAAAGGGGGUUGACAUCAUAACGAUAUCAGAAGAUUUGAUUGAAGAUUCGUGGACUCAUUUUAUUUGAAAGACAACUAACCACUGCACACAGACAUAGAUGCAAGUACACCAAAAUGUAUACAGCUGCAAAUGUUUCUGGCAAAAAUGCAGAUAAUGGUCAUUUCUUAUAACCCAACUUGGUACAUAGACUAUAUCGGGAAAUGUGUAUAUGUUCUGAACAUACAGGCGUCUCUGUGUGUAUGUGUAUUUUACUAUAUUUUAUAUAGGGUUUUUUUGGUCUUAACCAUUGAAGACAAGCAAUACCACUAUUGCGAUUCUUGUGAGAGCAGCAUUACAACGAUGGGUCCUUUUCAAAGAAAUGCAGGAUGGACUAAUAAUAAAUCUUAAUCGUUUCAAUAUGAAACUCAUUUUAAAAAUUCUUAAUAUCAACUAAAAAUGGGGGCAAUGUGUCAAACUGCAUAUUGUAUGUGGUAAUGGGAACACUUUUAAAAUUUCCUUUCAGUAACUUAUAUGAUAUGUGAUUAUGUUCCUUCGGGUAUGACUGGAGUAGGAACAGAACAGGUGUGUGAACUCAAGGAUAUAUCUGCUCCAUCCUCUCUGCCUGCACCACUUCUGUUCAUAUAGGUCCUGCUCCCUCAGUUCAUGGUACUGGUCCUCUUUUCCUGUUUGUCUUUGGUGUAUGUGUGCAUGUGUGCUCAAUUCUUAUAGGUGCACUUGCCUUGAACUUACACUAGAGCAAUGGAGAACGUCCCUCUUAUUUAAAGUCCUCAACAGACUCCAUGUGCAGGUGUUACUGAUUUGCUGUUCAGUUAACUGCUGGCAAAGGCACACUGUCCUACAAAGGCGAAACACUCCAUAUUUUAUCAGAUUUGAGUUUUGACUGACAACAAGUCUCAGGCUCUGUUUUAUCUCAUGACAAAUAUCUUUAUAGUUCAACUAUGCUAGGUUUUGGGUAGCCACACUACCAUUCACCUACAUAUUAGACAUAUGGGCAGGGAGUCCUUUUUUCCCAUUUUCCAUGUCAGUGUUGUUAAUUGUCUUUGGCUUUGUAGGGCAGUACAGUGCAAACACAUCCUUUAAAAAUAAAAAUAAUGACAUGCCUUAAAACUAUUUAAGUCUAUUGUUAAAGGCAUAUUUAAAGGAACCAAAUGCUACUUUUCAUGUUGGAAGUGAAAUGAAAAGGCAGAAGUUUCAUUACGCCGCUCUUUUCUGCCUAAUUUCCUUCCGAGGUUUCCUCGCAUGCUGCACUUGUCCUGCUGUCUUAAAUACCCUCUUGUUAUUACGUUCUCUGUCAUGCUGAGAGAUACUAUGCACAUACGGGGUACUACUGAGGGACGUUCUAUUCAUGCGUGGAAGUUUGAGAACAGCUCCAUCUAGUGUUCACCAUCAGCAGGGCGGCGUCACUGUCUAUAGUACACUGUAAAUGUUUGUUCUGUGAUUAGGGGGGAGCGGAUUUGUAAAAACUGUAGUUUUUCUCUCUUGAAGUUGAAUCUGAGUGUGUCCUUUGAUGUAUGGAAAACUGUUUCCUAUUUAUACUUGGGUUGUAAUGUUGUAAUUUACUUUAAAAUAGACUAAAGCAUUUAAUGGGCCGUUUUCUCUUGGGCUCAGGCAUUGCUGACAGAUAUUUUUGGCCAAGCAUGGAGUAAAAACUUGUAAAAAGCAGUACAACUCUUAAAAUAUAUUUAUGUGAAAAGCUAAUAUGUCAUGAUGGAUUGUCUAAAGUAGACUUACAUUUGUACUCUAAGCUUUCUGCUAGAUGGGAAAUAAAGGUGCGAUCUUAUUAAAGUUCAAAUUUCAUGUCUUGGGGCUGAAAUGACAGUUGCAUUUCAGUAUUUCAGUACUUGUGGCUGAAAUGACAGUUGAAUAUCAGUAUUUCAGUACGUGGUGCUGAGACUGAGGAGCCUGCAGAGAACAGGUGAGAAAACAGGGGCCUUGCUACCUUGAAUGCAGCCCUACCAUUCGCUAUGAUGUUCUCCCAAUUAUCAAAUGACAUCCUCCUCCAUUCUGUCUAGUCUAGUGUUUCCCAAUCCAGUUCUCAGGGACCCACAGACAGUCCACAUUUUUGCUACUGGCAGCUGGCAGGGAGCAAAAAUGUGGACUGUCUGGCAGGAUGGUCAGAGGGAGCAAAAACCUGGACCGGCUGUGGGUCCAUGAGGACCAGGUUGGGAAACACUGGUCUAGUCAAUCAUCAUCAUCAUCAUCAUCAUCUCAGUAUGCAAUUAGAAGGACAGUUCUCCAUGUCAUAUAUGGACAAUGACUGCUGAUCUCUGAGAUAUCUGGAGUGGUGAUAUAGAGUAAAAGGGAGAUCUUUUUUUAGAAAGAUCAAAAUUGAUAUGCCAAAGUUCACUAGGGACACAGUAAUACAUCCUAAACAAAUCGUGGAUUGUUGUGGCAGACUAAGAUGUAUUUCAUUAACACAAUAAAAAAUGUUACCUCA